AUGGCCGGAACUACAGUCGACCUCUUGUUUUUCCCAAUAGACACACUCAAAACGCGAUUACAAUCCGCCCAAGGUUUUGUCAAGGCGGGAGGAUUUAAGGGAGUGUACAAAGGAGUAGGAAGUGUCGCAUUAGGGAGUGCUCCUGGUGCUGCCGCAUUCUUCACCACGUACGACACUCUAAAAAGAAACAUAAAGAUGCCAAAAGGAUGGGAGCCUAUGUCGCAUCUCAUUGCUGCUUCGUGCGGUGAAGUGGUCGCAUGCCUAGUACGAGUACCAACAGAAGUCAUCAAGUCUCGAACACAAACGUCUUCGUACGGUCCAUUAGCAUCGUCGCUGGCGUCUGCACGCAUGACGUUUCAAACCCACGGGAUUCGGGGAUUUUAUCGUGGAUUCGGUCCAACAAUCAUGCGUGAGAUUCCUUUUACCUCUAUCCAGUUUCCCCUCUACGAGUUUCUCAAGGUCAGAAUGGCGGAUGUGCGAGGAAAGAAGCGGGGUAGCCUUCUAGCGCACGAGGCAGCGGUUUGUGGCAGUAUCGCUGGUGGAGUAGCUGCUGCUCUUACAACUCCUUUGGACGUACUCAAGACACGAGUUAUGCUCGACCUAAGAGAGGGAUCAAAGAUUCCGUCGCCCUUGUCCCUACUCGCAAAUAUCUAUCGAGUUGAAGGAUCAAAGGCUCUGUUUGCUGGUGUAGUUCCAAGAACACUUUGGAUAUCUGCAGGAGGAGCCGUAUUUCUUGGGGCAUACGAGUGGACCGCUAGAACGCUUCAGGGUAUAUAG